GGCGCGCUGCUGGUUUUGCCACGUACCGAUGAUUUAUUUGGGUUCCGUUGGUCCUCCUGUCUCGAAGGUGCGGCAGACGGAUGGAGGAGCAGAGCCGCGCUCUCGGAGACCCGACCGUCCGCCAGGGGAAGCUGCUGCUCCAGCGGCGGUGCUGCCCCGAGCCCUCUGACCUGCGCCUGAGGAGCUUCUGCAUGGCCGCCUUCCACUCAUAGGCACGGGCGGCUCUGGCGGGGAGGCACUGACCUUCCUGGAAGGCACCAAAGUGUCACGAAAUGGCUCAGGAAGAGAUGGAAGUUGAUCUCCAGCCAGUGGUGAGCUACUCCCUGGAGAACCAGGGGAUGAUGCUUCCUGCAGAGCCCGCUGCUCACACAUCGCUGUCCUCCCAGGCUCCGGCGCCGAGCAGCAGAGGAGGCAGCAUUAUCGUUCUUUCCGACGAUGAAGUCGUUACCCUAUCGACUGCUGAUGCCCCAAGGGAAGCAGCUGCCGAUCCUGACCAGCAGGCGAAUCCUCCGUCAGCUCUCAUCGGGCUGCUGAGGCUGCAGGGGGCGUUUGAGCAGCACCAGCUGCUGCCUGGGCCGCAGAUUACGCAGCGCCCGCGGGUACGAAGGGGUGCUCGCAGGCAGCCGAGAGUCAGUGGUUCCCAGAGGACAGUCAGUGCCAGGGCGGCAUUGGACAGUUACUUUCAGAUCAGCAGGACACAGGAGCCAGCUACAAUAGCAGGUUCACAUCUGGAGCCCUCGCAUACUGUGAGGAGCAGCCAGGAGCACACAUCACAGGUCACAGAAUUGCAAUUGAGUGACACCGACAGCAGCACUUCUGAGGAGGAGGAAGAGGUGGAGACUGCAGCACCUCUGCCUCCAGCAGCCCAGCAGACGCCUGCAGCAGCUAGCUCAGUUUCCAGUCAGGAUCAAGCAGAGCUGCCUCAAACUCUGCCUCAAGUUCCUGCGGAACGUGGAAAUCGUGAGGAUGAAGAAUUUGAAGCCCAGCAAAAGCAGAGAACUCCACUGAAGAAACAGGAGGCACCAAUUCCUGCUGCAGCACUGGAGGAGGAGGAGGAGGGGGACACCUGUGCCAUCUGUUUUGAGCCGUGGACCAAUGCUGGGGAGCACCGUCUGUCAGCCCUGCGCUGCGGGCACCUCUUUGGUUACACUUGCAUUGACAGGUGGCUGAAGGGGCAGGCAGGGAAGUGUCCCCAGUGCAAUAAGAAAGCAAAACGUUCUGACAUCGUGGUCCUGUAUGCCCGGACUCUGAAGGCACUGGAUACCAGUGAGCAGGAACGUGUGAAGAGCUCUUUAGAAAAGGAGCAGAAGUUGCGGAGGCAGGCAGAGCUGGAAUCUGCACAGAGCCGGCUCCAGCUGCAGGUUCUGACAGAUGAAUGCAGCAAACUCCGUAAGCAAGUUCAGGUGAGUCUGACUCUCCUGGUGCACAGAGGACUCCCUUUCUCCCCAGCCUGACUUUUGCUUCCUUACAGGACAGAAGGCAGGCUUCCACAUCUGGUAGGAUUUAGUAAACUCAAGUUGGUCAAUGAUUCUCAGUAUCCCAGCUAGUGUAGUUAUGCACGCUACUUGGUGCUGACUUCAUUUUUUGCUUCGAAGACUUGAAGUCACAAGUGCAGUGUAACACUAGGUGCUCUCGGCUGCUGAUGUUGCAGCUUGCUCCUCAGCUCUUGUGGCUGCUAGCAAGGUCUGGUAA